UUGGGGAAGUCACUAAAGAGCUACCAUUCCGGGGCCUCUGUGAACUGGUACAAUACGUAGAUAGACACUCUAGCCCCUUCACCACUUCACCGACUGGAGCAGAGCGACUAGGGGAGUUUUCAAUCCUGCAACAGUUGUGCAUGCCGCCACAUGUAGCCAUAGCACCCACCUCCCGCCCUUGGUCCUGUCCUGAGCUCGGCUGAAUACAGCCAGCCUCCAGCACUCACGCAGCCAGUGCCUACUCUGCGAUCCGCGGGUCUCGUCGUCAUUUCACCAGUGGCGGGGCGAAUCUCCUUGCAUCUACCUCAUGGCACAUGAGGGCCAUGGCGGAAUCCCGCGAAUCCCGGGAAGGGCCUUCCUCUGUCUGUGCAGUGUGCACCAUCCAUUGUGGAUGAUGUUCCCUUGGGAGCCUCUCCCCUUCCCGCUCCCCUCCCCUGCAGUGUGUUCAAGCAGCCCGACGGUUCUUAGCUACUAAACACCCUUCACUGCGUAGUAGUACACAGUAAACAUUGUUGUGUGGUUCUGAUCAUUUAGGGUCGAUGGUCACUUUUCCGACUUCUAGUCGAGUGACGCUCAUACAUAGUGUCCGCCGCAGCGUCAUCCUUACAUGAUCCGUUUAGCCGUAAGCUUGCUAGAGUGUUAAAGAAACUGUGAGUCAAGUGUUCCUUUCCGCGUCAAAGUCGUGACGCUUCUUGGUGACGGGGUGUGCUGCAGUGUGAAAGCCGUCGAGCCGAGAGCUCCUACAAAAUCAUCUCCAACUGAUUUUCAUGACGCAGUCGGCAUUCGCGCGACAAUCUUCGUCGCACGUCAGUGACGUCAUGGAGCCGUUCGCCUUCGCAACGGCAACGUCAGCUUCCGUCGACGCAACUACCGCCUGUUACGCGACCGUUGCGACGGAAUCUCCUGUCACGAGUACUACUACUACUACUACCACCCUCGCCAGCUCUGAUGCGACCCAAUCCAUUGGCGUCUCUGAGAGGCCUCCCCAUCACCGUAGAUCCCGGAGCGGAUGUGAUGCGACCUCACUCUGGAGCAGCAGCGGCCGGUGGUCUGUGAAGGGCGGAAGCCGCGGCUCGGGAGUUCAUCAUAUUACUAGCAGCACCGAGAUCGAGGAUAGUAGUAGCUGCCUAGAGAGCACGCAUCUGCAGCCGCCGCCGCGUGGAGAACCCGUUUUGGCCCACGUCAGCAGCUUCAAGCACUGGUCUGCCGAUAGCCCGUCGAAAUCCCCAGUUGCGCAACCAACGGUGGUGAGAGGUCACCGGAGGUUUCACUCGAUCAGCGAGAUUGACGGAUCUUUGUUCGAAGACUUCGCUGCAAAAAUUAGAGAGCCAGGUGCUGAGCCGCACCCUAAGAAUGCACGGACUCCGCAAGCUGGAGAGUCAUAAAUUGUAGAAUACUAGAUGGAAUUGUGGGCCUCAGAUUGCAGGCUUUUUACCCUGAUUAAGGUAAAAUCGGGGCUUUUUUGGGGGGUGACCCUGAUGAGACUGGAUUUUUUUAAGUCAGAGGCCUGAAAUUUCAGGGUUUUUUUUAUGAGUGAACUCUGAUCGAUCAGCGUGCCUCGUGUAGUGUGGCCUGUUUUUCCAGCGUCGUAUCGGAGCCGGACCCUGAUUCUUGUAAUACCGUAAUCACCCGGAUAGAC